CAUACACUCGCAGAGUGUUCUGUUUCAAAAUACUCUUCCAAAAAACUUUCCGUUGUCUUCUCUCUCUCACACACUCAACACACAGCACACAGUGAGAGAGAGAAAGAAGCUCGACGAAGCUUUGAGACCACCGGAAUAAUAUUCUCUCAACAAAAAUGCCCGCACUUCUCCGAGCCGCCACAGUCGCUUUCCUCCUCACAAUCGGAGCGUUCCUCCCACGCGCCGCCCCCAAAUCCACCAUAGAACCCUGCUCGAACUCCGACACCUGCUCCGCCCUAGUCGGCUACACACUCUACACCGACCUAAAAGUAUCCGAAGUCGCCUCCCUCUUCUCCGUCGACCCAAUCUCUCUCCUCCUAACCAACGCAAUCGUCAUUUCCUACCCCGACGUAGAAAACCACAUCCUCCCUUCACAGCUCUUCCUCAGAGUACCCAUCCCCUGCUCCUGCAUCGACGGCAUCCGCAAAUCCGGCACCGUUUCCUACAAGACCCGCCCCUCCGACACCCUCUCCUCCAUCUCCUCCGCCGUCUACGGCGGCCUUGUCUCCGCCGACCAGAUUAAGGAAGCCAACCCCAAGGCCGACCUCUCAGAUCCUUCCGUCAUUGGCGUGGGCACUCAGCUCAGCAUUCCUUUGCCCUGCACCUGUUUCAACAACACCGACAACAACUUGCCGGCGGUGUAUAUGUCGUACGUUGUUAAGGAUGUCGACACAUUGGCCGGAAUUGCGGCGAGGUACGUCACUACCGUGAGUGAUUUGAUGAAUGUGAAUGCUCUCGGCAGUGCCGAUAUCGAAGAUGGCGAUAUUCUUGCGAUUCCCCUUUCUGCGUGUGCGUCAAAUUUCCCAACAUACGCAAAGGACUAUGGAUUGGUUGUGCCCAACGGGAGUUAUGCUAUUGCUGCUAGUCAUUGUGUGCAGUGCAGUUGUGGACCAGGGAGUCGCAAUUUAUAUUGCAUGCCUGCUUCGCUGGCAGUUUCUUGUUCGAGCAUGCAAUGCAGAAAUAGCAAUCUCAUGUUAGGAAACCUUACGGCACAACUAUCCAGCGCUGGAUGCAAUGUCACUUCUUGCAGUUACAGCGGCUUUGUUAAUGGAACCAUUUCUACUACGUUGUCCACAUCCCUCCAACCUAGAUGCCCUGGAUCACAGCUAUUUCCUUUGCUUAGUGCACCACCAACUGUAGUCCCAAACACGUUCUUUUCUCCGGCACAAUCACCAUCGGAAUCGGGUGGUUUUCCGACAUCAAAUCCUAAUGUGGUGCCUUCUACUGGUGCAGUUCAAGGGUUUGCACCGGUAGGUGGACCUGCCGGAAGUGCCUCCGGUGGUUCCUCCGGUUCUUGCUCCUUAAUGAACCACUUAAGUAGCUUUCCUGUUAUGCUUAUGUUAGGUUUGGCUAUGAAGUUUGUACUGUCAUUGUAAUUUUUGGUUCUUUAAUUUGAAUUAAUGUUGUAUUUAAACAUCACCAAGAACAGUAUGUUUGAUUACCUUUUGAAAGGAUUGUUUUAUUUCAAUAUGAGAUUCAGAUUUUUUUUGAA